AUGAUGAUGGAAGAACUCUCGAGUUACAUCCGGUUCCGUGUCGGAGAACAUGACUUUGAUACGGUGAUGGAAUCGGAGCAUCGAGAUUUCCGAGUCAAAAGCGUCAAAGUUCAUCCCGGUUUCGCGGACGCCAGGGACGGGAAUGAGCUCUACAUGUACAACGAUCUCGCUGUCGUUGAAAUAGACGUUCCAUGCAUGGAAGAUCUCAAGAUCGUCCGCCUCCCCGAUAAAGCGACAGACUUUCGGAAUCGCUCGGCCACCGUCAUAGGUUGGGGAAUCAGAGAUCCUGACGAGCCUUACCAGCCACCCAUUCUCCAGACGGUCACUGCUGGCAUUUAUCCACAUGAGAUGUGCAAGAGUCUUCACCCUGCAAUCAAGUAUACUCACAUGUGUGCCACAGAUAACCUGAACGGAGAGAAUAUCACGUGCUAUGAAAAUUUUGGAGGACUCUUGCAUGUGAAGGAAGGAGAAAAUUGGGUUCAGGUGGGCAUCGAAUCUUCUUCUAGAUACGACUGUUUGAUACCUGGACAGCCAACCAUCUACACGAAUGUCUCAGCCCAC